AUGGCGGACAAGCAAGAAUGCCCGAUCUGCAGACAUAACGCGAAUGAGGGCACCUUGCGCGUAAACAUACAAGUAGAGGACAUAGUAACCGCGUGGAAGACAGCGAGACCGUAUAUGCUCAAGCUCGCUAAAGACGACGCGGACGCGCAAGCAGAGGCAUCAACUGCAGGGAAGAAGCGCAAACGCGGCCCUGAGCCCAGUACCUCUCGUUCGAACUCCAAUACCACCGCGGCUGGCAAUGCGGAGGUCAAGCGCGAAACCCCUGAGGAGGACGACGACAUCGAGAUGAUAGGCUCGUUGGGCGCCAAAGCACAACCGGGCGACGAUGACCCCAUUGACUGUCCUGUCUGCUUCAAGCCCGUCAAGUUCAAGAACGUCAACUCCCACAUCGACAGCAACUGCAAACGCCUUCUCCAUACCCCUAAACCUACCAAAGCUUCUACAUCCACAUCCUCGUCCUCCAACGCCUUCUCCAAGCUGAUGCCGUCCGGAAAGUCGCGGGGGAAGCAUAAGGAGGACGACAACGCCGCUCCGCUGCCGAAGGUCUCAUACGACACGCUCAAGGACAAGAAGAUCAGGGAGCUGCUGGCGGACGAGAAGCUGCCGACUACGGGAGACCGGGCAACAUGUGUGGAGAGGCAUAAGAAGUGGGUCAUGAUAUACAAUGGGAAUCUCGACCGGUCGGCGUCGAAUCGAAAAUCGCGUGCGCAACUGCAGAAGGAGUUGAAGAACUGGGAGGAGACCAUCAAGCCGAAGAGCUCGAAGAAGCCUGCGGUCGAGAAUGCGGAGGCUUAUGUCCGAAAUCACAACGACGAUUUCAGGCGCUUGGUCGAGCAAGCGCGUGCGAGUCGCCCGAAGAAGGACCGGGACAGCGCGCAAGACUCACAAGUUGAUGCUGUUCAGGAUGCUAGGCAAGACGAAUUCACGCCCUCCUCGACCGAGCCGACGCCACCGAUGUCGUCUUCGCCCAACAAAGACAUGACCAUCAUCGACUUGAACUCGUCACAGGAUUCUGCCGAGGUCGUUGCAUAG